GCAGUGAUUCCAUCACCGUGUGAGACGUGCACCCACAUCCCAACACCAAGCCCUCCGCUGUGUCGCCUGCUUGCUAUAAAGCCCAUCCGACUCGCGUAGUUGGAUCCGCGACUUCAACUUGCCCAGCAUGGCGCCUCCACCGCACUCCAAGCCGGAGAACACACUUAAACGUGCCCAAGAACUCAUCGGAGUCGAGCAGCAGCAGGCUGCCCUCCAGCUGCUCCACGAACAUGUCACCUCGAAGCGCACCCGCAACAGCCCCAUCGCCUCGCUCGAGCCCGUCAUGAUCCUGUUCGUCGAACUCUGUGUCGACCUACGCAAGGGCAAGCUGGCCAAGGAUGGUCUGUACCAGUACAAGAACACGGCCCAGAACACAAACGUCGGCACUAUCGAGACUGUCUUCAAGCGCUUCAUCGAACUCGCCGAGCAGAAGGUUACAGAGGCCCAGGCCAAGGCAGACGAGGUCCAGUCCUCGCUUGAGCCCUCUGACGACAAGAACGUCGACGACCUGGAGGCUACCGAGACGCCCGAGUCCAUCCUCCUCUCCACCGUCUCCGGCGAGCAAUCGCGCGACCGCACCGACCGUGCCAUCGUCACGCCAUGGCUCAAGUUCCUGUGGGAGACAUACCGCACUGUCCUGGACAUCUUCAAGAACAACGCCCGUCUGGAGCUCAUGUACCAGUCGACCGCCCACCAGGCCUUCCAGUUCUGCUCCAAGUAUGCCCGCAAGACCGAGUUCCGCCGUCUCUGCGAGCUGCUCCGCAACCACUUGCAGAACGCCGCCAAGUUCUCUUCCCAAAUGCACGCCAUCAACCUGUCCGACCCCGAUACCCUACAGCGCCACCUCGACACCCGCUUCCAGCAGCUGAACGUGGCCGUGGAACUCGAGUUGUGGCAGGAGGCCUUCCGCAGUGUUGAGGACAUCCACACCCUGCUCUCCUUGAGCAAGCGCCCAGCCAAGAACAUCAUGAUGGCCAACUACUUCGAGAAGCUCACCCGCAUCUUCUUGGUCAGCGAGAACUACCUCUUCCACGCCGCCGCAUACAGCCGGUACUACAACCUCCUCCGCCAGUCCGCAGCGGCCGUCGCAUCGGGUCAGAGCCCCAAGAAGGACAACCCCGCUGUCACCGAAGCCGACAUGACCAAGGCUGCGUCGUUUGUCCUCCUCUCCGCUCUUGCCAUCCCAGUCAUCAGCACUUCCCGCUCCCGCGGUGCCCUUGUCGACGUUGAUGAGGCGAGGAAGAACAAGAACUCGCGCCUUACCAACUUGCUCGGCAUGUCGCAGGCUCCUACUCGUGCUAUCCUCUUCAAGGAUGCUCUCAGCAAGGGUCUGCUCAAGCGUGCCCGCCCUGAGAUCCGCGAUCUUUACAACAUCCUUGAGGUCGAUUUCCAUCCUCUCUCCAUUUGCAAGAAGAUCUCCCCCAUCUUGUCUCAAAUUGGUGCUGAUGAGGGUAUGGAAAAGUACGUUGGCCCGCUCCAGCAGGUUAUCCUCACUCGCCUCUUCCAGCAGUUGUCCCAAGUCUACGACUCUGUUAAGAUCGAGUUUGUGCUCGGCCUUGCCCAGUUCCCUGAGCCUUUCCACGUCAGCGCAGGUACCAUUGAGAAGUUCAUCAUGAACGGCUGCAAGAAGGGCGAUCUCGCCAUCCGCACCGACCACGCCACUGGUGUGCUCACCUUCGACUCCGACGUUUUCUCAUCGGCCAAGGCUAUGCACCCUGGAUCGGGUGCUGGAUCCGCCGAGAUUGAGUCCCGCUCUGUGCAGCGUCUCCAGAGCACCCCGGCCGAGAUUGUACGAUCUCAGCUUACCCGUCUUGCCAAGUCGCUCUUCGUCACUUGCCAAUAUGUCGACCCUUCGUUCAACUCCGAACGCCAGCGUAACAAGGAGGCCGCUCUUGAGCGUGCCAAGGAAGGCGCCGAGAAGGAGCACCAGGAGAUUCUCACUCGCCGCGACAUCAUCUCGCAAAAGAAGGAGGCUGCUCUCAAGGCUCAACAGGCCAAGGAGAACGAGGAGCAGACCAAGAGACUCAUCCGCCAGCAGCAAAUCAAGGAUGAGGAGGCUCGCCGCCUGGCCGAAGAGCAGAAGCAACGUGCAGACCAGCGCAUCAAGGCUGAGCAGAAGCGCAUUCAGCGUGAGGAGAUGGAGAAGCAGAUCAAGGAGCUCAAGGCGACCACCAAGGUUGACAUUGAGCUUCCUGAGGACUUGGACGAUCUCGACUCGCAGAGGAUCCGUAUCUUGAAGCUUCAGGCUCUCGAGAGGGAGAAGAACCAACUCGGCGAACAACUCCGCAUUGCUGGCAAGCGCAUCGAUCAUUUGGAGCGAGCUUACCGCAAGGAGGAGAUCAAGCACCUCAAGACCGACUAUGAGAAGCAACAGGAAGAAGACCUCGCAGCGUACGAAAAGGCCAAGGCCGAGGAACUCAAGGAGUCCGAGGAGAGGCACAAGGCAGAUGUCGAGCUCAAGCAUCGUCUGUCAAGGCUGGUAUCUCCUUACCAGACUUUCGUCAAGACCGUCAAGGAACAGCGCAAGGCUGAGUUCGAGAAGCGCCAGAAGAUUGCACAGAAGGAACUUGAGAGCAAGAAGGCUGCUCGCGUUAAGGAGGUCAAGGAGCGUAUCGCCAGGGAGAAGAAGGAACGCGAGGAGGCCGAACGCCGCCAGCGUGAGGAGGAAGAGCGUGAGAGGGAAGAAGCCGAGGCCAAGGCCAAGGCUGCGGAGGAGAAGGCGGCCCAUAUUGCCGAAUUGAAGGCAAAGAGGGAGCAAGAACGAGCGGCCGCUGAUGAAGUAGCACGUCUCCAGCGUCAACGCGAGGAAGAGGCGUUGGCCAGGCGGAAGGCUGGUGCCGGUGCCCCCCGUGCUGUUCCAGACCGAACCUUCUCUCGCGAGCCAGCUGCGGAGCCUUCUUCGGCUCCUGGCCCACCAAAGAUCGCCCUUCCUGGCGGCAAGCCCAGCUGGCGUGAGCGUGAGGCCAUGAAGGCCGCUGGACAGGCUCCUCCCCCUGCCAGCACAUCACCAGCGCCUGCUCCUGCAGCCACCUCUCCCGCCCCCGAGGCCGAAGCUCCCAAGAGGAGUGGAUACGUCCCGCCAGCUCUCCGCCAAGGAGGUGCUCCUGGAGGUGGAUGGCGCGAACGUGAGGCUAGCGGCAGCGGUCGGGCACCUCCUGCCCGUGCCGAGCGUCCCGAACGCACCGAAUCUCCUGCUACAGGCGGUCGCUACGAGGCUGCUCGUGGAGGAGACCGAUGGGGUUCAGACAGGAAGCCUGCAUCCCCCGCUAACGCCGGUGGCUAUGUUCCUCCUGGUGCUCGCGGCGGCGCACCACCUCGUGAGGGUGAGGGUGAACGACCUGCUGCGCAAGCACCAGCUGGUGGAAAGUACGUUCCUCGUCACUUGAGGGACAGGCAGUAGAGUUAGUACAUACGACACGAACGACCAGUACAGAAGAAGUAAAAAAGCAAGGCGUCCCGUUUCUUUUUCCUUUCCUUUCUCACUACGAUUGACGACAUGGUCAACGAUGGGGGGUUAUAUAGGAAGGGAAGAUAUGAUGGCAUAGGAAGCGGGGGGCGUUUUUGCUUGUUCUUCCUAUUUUCUUUCUUACCCUUUUUCCAGAGCUGGGCGGUAACGAAUAUGGACCUACAGUGUGUAGUCUUCAUGAAUGC